AUGCAGAAUCUGACUGAAUAUCCAGGCAAUGCAACUUCCAGCAGAAGCCUGUCUGUGAUCAUCAAGAUGUGUGUGGUGGUCCCCUCCUUCUGCCUCUUCUUCUGCUGCAUUAUUGUCAUGCUGCACAUCUUUGCAUCUCACAGGCAGUUCCUGGACACAUCACGUUACAUCCUGUUUGCCUACAUGCUGAUCAAUGACACUGUCCAGCUCUUGUUCUCUGUGUUGCUCUUUCUUUUUGCCAUGGGCAGGGUAAAAUUUGCUUUUGUCCUAUGUGUUCCUCUGUUGUUUGUUUCAAGUGCCACUUUCCAGAACACACCUUUGAUUCUUGCCACAAUGUCACUGGAGCGUUAUGUUGCCAUCUUCUAUCCCCUGCAGCGCCCAGCCGCCUGGCGCUCAGACCGUAUCUGGAUCAUUAUUCUGUCCCUGUGGCUCAUCAGCUGUAUCUUCCCUGUGAUUCACUACUCCAUCGGGGAGAUUGAUCCUGCUGUGGAUAUCCUCUCUACCCCUGUGCUUUACACAUCUAGCAUCGUCAACUCAUCUCCAAUCCAGGAUAUGUUCCGUGCUGCUGAAAAUAUUCUCUUCUUUGCAGUAGUAGCUGUUGUCAUCAUCUUUACAUAUGUGAGAAUCCUGCUGGAAACCAGGAAAAUGAGACAAGAUAAAGUGUCUGUGAACAAAGCCAUGCACACUGUGCUGCUACACGGCUUUCAGCUGCUGCUAUGCGUGUUGGCCUUCACUUAUCCGAUCACUGAAACUCUCAUAGUGCUGCAUGCCAACUGGUUGCCAGGGGACAUUGCCUUUUUUAACUUUUUCUGUUUCAUCCUUACUCCACGCUUUCUCAGUCCGCUCAUCUACGGCUUUAGAGAUCAGAGUCUCAGGGGCUGCAUCAAGAAAACGUUCCCCUGCUGCUCAGACAAAGUCAAACCUGGUGUCAGAGGCAAGCUGCAGGACAAGUUGCAGGCAAGCUAA